AUGGCUACCAACACUAUUACCUUGAAACUUCUUGUUGACUCAACUAGCCAAAGAGUUUUAUUUGCAGAAUCUGGGAAAGAAUUUGUCGAUUUUAUGUUCAACAUUCUGUCAUUACCUGUUGGUACUGUCAUAAGGCUUCUCACCAAAGAACAGAUGGUGGGUUCCCUUGGAAACCUUUACGACAGCCUUGAGAAUAUGAACUAUACCUACAUUCACUCACCAGCAAACAAAGACACCCUUUUGAAGCCUAUAGUUCCCAACAAUGCUGCAAAUGUGCCUCCUUUGUUGCCAACAAUUGAAUCAUCGAAACCCAUCGGAAUUUAUCUGUGCGGUAAUUAUUACUAUCGUGGCAACUGUGGUUUCUAUGUUUCCAAUGAUUCUAAAUCCCUUUGUCCUUCCUGCAAAAAUGUUAUGACUCAAACUGCAACCAUUGUGAAUCCAAGAAAGGGGUCAUCUACUAAUGAGGGAGGUUAUGUGAAAGGGGUUGUUACAUAUAUAAUCAUGGAUGAUCUUGUUGUAACGCCCAUGUCAGCCAUUUCUUGUUUCACUUUACUCAACAAGUUCAAUAUAAAAGAUGUAGGGGUUCUUGAAGAGAAAACCAUAAAUAUAGGAAUAGAUGAGGGUGUGAAGUUACUAAAGGCAUCUUUGCAGUCGAAGACUGUGCUCACUCAUGCCUUCCUCAAGAAGAAGGCGGGCGAAAGUGAUGCUAGCAGCUCUUCUUGA